AUGAGGGUCCCAGCCUCCACCACUGAAACACAAGGGGUCCUUCCCGAAGCGAAGCUGACCCUCGGGAUCAAGCUGGAGUCCCUCAGGCUCAGCUCGCACUGUGUGGCCGGGCUGGACCCGCACACCCCCGCAGCCUUGGGCGAGUGCGCUCACAACCUGAGCCUCUCUGGGAAGGAGCCCAGCGCUGGCCCACCCUCUAACACCACCCUACUGAAGCUGAUGUCCCUUGCCGGCUGCCAGAAGCACCACGCUCAGCCACCAGCUGCUGUCAGCAUGGCUGAGGUCCCUGCUGACCCAGGCAAAGAGGUACUUUCUUCCAAGGAGCAGUGGGAGACCCCGGCGGGGUUCACCCUCCUCUUUCCUGCUCCGUUUGUCAGCCGCGAUCACAGCCGUGACCACAACACCCCCCCUAAGUGCAGCGACCCUGAAAAGAAGACCCUGCAGGUGCUGAGGGAUGCCAGCUCCCCUGUGAAGACUGCGCUGGCAAGGGAAUGCCAAGAGCCCAAGAAGAAGCUCAACCAAGUCCUCUACCGCCUGAAGAAGGAGUCGGAAGUUGCCCUCGAAGGCCAGGCUACGUGGCGCCUCUGUGAGGAUGGGGCCGGAGAGGUGGUUCCCACAGAGCCAGCCCAGCCCAGCCAGGACGGAGUUACAGUUCCAGGGAAACCCGGCCCUCAGCUGAGAGAGCAGGAGGAAAAGACCUACAGGUUUCUGGAAGCCCAUGGGCCCCGUAAAGUCACGGCCGUUGCCCAGGCCCUGGGAAUGAAAAUAACAAAAGGAGUCGAGGGAGACCUGUGUGCUUUGAGGAACAGGCACCUUCUGGACCUUGACCAGAAUUCAAAUACAUGGAUGAUUUAGCAGCCAGAAGAUUCUGGGGGAAGGAAUCAGUCCACUACAGUUGUUUACUAGCAGAAUCCCAUCAACAUGAUCUGUCAGAAAGGACCAAACAGUCACAUUUCCAUUGAGAACUCUGGGGGCAUUCAGAUUGGACACGGGAAAGUCACCGUGAAACAAACGGCGCCCGGGGAGAGCGGUGAGUCCUCAGAGACAGGGGCAGAAGGGGCCUCCAGGGCCACCUGACCACUUCAAGCCUCUGAGGAGAAAGGGCAGCCUUCCCGUCUCUAAGGUCCUCCCGACCAAGUCUUCCUUCGUGCCUGGAUCGGGCCUCUCCUGUUUUCCUCUCCCUUCAAUGCCUUUGGCCCCAUUUUCAAUGGGACCUGAUCUUUUCCCAUGAGAAACAAUUCAAUCUGUUCUCCCACUGGAGUAUUUUGUUUGUUCUGAAACACACUAUUUUUUCCCACAUUUUAAUGUCUCCAAAACUAGGAUGCGCCUCACCACUGCCAUCCUAGUUUUGAUGAAAUGUGCACCCCCUCCAUGACAGGCACUGCUGGGUGGGGACAGGGCCACCUAUCUGUCCAGCCAGUGGACAUGAGAGAGAGCAUCAGCUCAAAAGUUGGAAUACUCCCUGGGACCUCAGGAGACCCUUUACUGGCUCUGGGCCUCAGUGUCCCCAACUGUGAAAUGAGCUUGGUUCUAGAAUCUCUUUGAUUUAAAAUCUUAAUCAGCAUUUUCCCAACUUUAGUCUCUGAGCUCCACCUUCCUAAUUUUGGCCAUGCCCACAUCUGAUUAUUUACUUGAGAUUGUUAGAUAGUUUGCCUUUUUGUUCUAUUCCCAUUUAUUUUAAAGUAAACUUUUACAGCAUUACCUUAAGUUCAAGACCAGGAAAGUCACCAUAAAAAUGCAUGCUUAGCAAAGUAAUGUCAGAGUGCUCAGCGUGGAGGGGCAGUACAGACCAGCUAGCCCCUCCUGCUCAUGGGCUCAGAGGGCUGGGGACACGGGGCCGCAGGCUUGUGCCCCCUGUUCAGGUUUUCGAGGGCUCCAGUGACACUCAGGCACCAGUUGUAAAAACCCAGGGACCCUCCCACCCACUGCUCUGCUGAGCCCACCUGCUCUCCAGUCCAGAGCCUGAAAUGGCCAUUCCCCUUCCUAAGGUGUGUAGGAAGAAUUCAGAGGCUUUCCCCCCAGUCUGGCCAGGGCUUUAUGUGUGGGGGGAGCCCAGAGGGUGGGGCUCAGAGGCAGAACUGCCGUGUCCCCUGCUAGGCCUGACAGCUCCCCUCUCCCUCCCUCCAGUGUUGCUGCUGGUCCCACAACUCGGAGUCCCCUGGUUGGAUCCUGGGGGACCCAGGACAUCCACACGGAGAGGUGUGUGUUCAGACGGGUGUAGCUGGG